AUGGUUGGAACUCGUUACCAGGGGGUUGACAACAGCAAUUACUUGCCUCCGGAGCCCGGCUGUUCCCAGAUUCCCAUGGAGCCAGAAGCCAAGGAGGAGGAACCGGCUGAGCCUGAGAACUCGUGGCAAUCGGAGCAAAAGAAUCGUCUUUCAGGCAUCAUCACUCGGCGCCGCUCCGCUGUGGGGUUGAUGGCUGCAGACGAUGCUGAUGAUGGUUCUCCCAUGAAGGGCGAAAAGACCCGACCAGACGAUCGCAUCGCCAAAAGGACACUUGGGCAAUGCAGUGGAAUGGCUCGCAGUUCCUCCAAUCCAAGCCUUCGAGAUGCCCGUCACGGUACCAGUAAACCAUCGAAAGUGUAUCCCCUCGAACACAACGACAAACCCACAAGGGGAGAAAGAAGAGGCAAUGUCGGUCCUCAAUCCAACUUGCUGCAGAGACAAUCCAGUAAGAAUGACCUGCUCAGAGGCCACAACAGUAGCCACCAUUUGCGAAAUCGACGCAGGAGUCGAGCUCCCAUGGAUACCAACACCGUGCAACGUUCCAGCUCCAAUCCCAACUUGAUAGAUAGCUUGAACAAGGCACAUGCCACUAAGAAUGACCUUCUCAAAGGCAACGGUAGUAGCCACCAUGCACGAAGUCUGCACAGGAGGCGGGCUUCCAUGGAUUCCAACACCAUGCAACGUUCCAGCUCCAAUCCCAACUUGAUGGAUAACUUGAAGGCACAUUCCACUAAGAAUGACCUUCUCAAAGGCAACGGUAGUAGCCACCAUUCACGAAAUCCGCACAGGAGGCGGGCUUCCAUGGACACCAACACCAUGCAACGUUCCAGCUCCAAUCCCAACUUGAUGGAUGGCUUGAAGUCACGAUCUUCGUCGCGUCUGCGUCGUGCGAGCUCGAAUCGCAAAUUGAUGGAUCAGAAGCAGCAGCAGCACAAUCAGCAGCAGCAGCAAGAGCCAUCCUCCAAGCCAACGUCUCGCCGAUCAAGCAUGGCACGACCACGGUCCAACCCAAACCUGAUGAAGGCUGCGACAACAAACACCACAAACAAAAACGGUUGUCCCCGACGAGCCAGUUCCAACGGUGACUUGACGUUGUUGAAGAAGAAGACAGAUUCCAACCCCAAUCUUCUGGGUCACCAGCGCAGAGUCUCCUCCAAGACUACAGCAACGAAUCCUGCGAAAAAAGAUUCGAAGCAACCUCGUCGCUGUCACUCCCGGGCCCAAUCCUUUGACGAGUCCAAAGAUACAGGGAAGAUUCUCCCCAACUGGAGACGAAGAAGCAAGUCGUCACAGGAAGAAGAUGAUGAAAGCGACGAGAGCGAACAUAACAACAAGAGGGAUCCCGUAGCAAUGUACAACAGAGUCAGGCAACGGGUGACGGCGGCAAUGAGAGAGGAUCGCUCCAUCGACGACAUUGACUCGUCGGUGGAUGACAUUGAUAUGUCGGCCGUGAGCAGGGAUAUAUCAUGGGGCGAUGUAUCCGAUUCCGAUAUUGAUUUGUCAGUGGCCAACUUGCACAUGGCAAAGAACGCCGGAUGCCAUGGUAGCAGUCGCGAGUUUCUGACCAGCAACAGCUUGUUGAAUCUGGGACUGCAAGGGGACUUCUUGUGCCGCACCAAACUCGAUUCCGAGGACAAGACUGACAAUCCACAUACUGACAGUGGUCGUGGAAGGCGCCAGAAAGCCAAACAGGCAAAGCCACAACCCAUGACAAAGUUGGACCAAGUCAUGGCCAUCCAAAGAAAUUGGAAAUCUGCCUCCAACCAAUUGGCCCAUGUUACCUUGUAG